AUGAAUUACCAACAGCCAUCCACGGCCCACGAGUUCGCCCGGCUCACCACCUCGAUGGCUCCAGACAUGAAGAGGUUCAUCUUGCUCAGGACCAAGGAGUGUGGCUGGUUCACUACAGAUGCAGACAAUGCUAGUUUCGCAGAGACUACCUACCAAAUGCUUUUCAACCUCUGCGACGGCCACGAUGACGCACCUAUUUUUCAAGUUCUUUUUGACAGCACAGCACGAAAUGACUUCGCUCAACAACUAUCAGCCAACUUCCUGAGCUUAGAUCCAACCCCCCAAAAUCCCCGUCUUCAGUCCUUCGUGGCCUGCAUCUUCAACUUCUAUCACGACCUUUACUGGAUGGAAUAUUUCCGGGGUGAUAAUCCUGAGCUCAGUCCCCAGAGUAUGGGAAAUCAAGACCUCUCCAUGGUUCAAAUUGUCCAGCCGGCUUUUGCCCCACAAGGCGAUUUCCCCUUUUUCAAACUUCCGGGCGAGAUCCGAAACAUCAUCUACAAGGAGACUCUGAUCGUCCCAGAUGGCGGUCUCGUGCGCAGCUUCACUCCACCCCCUCUGCUUAGUGUGAGCAAGCGACUGCGAAACGAGGCUAUGCCGCUAUUCUACAUACACAACCACUUCGAGAUCACCGUAAAGCGGUCAGCUGCCGAUGAGCUACUAGCAAGGGGCCGGGAGCUGCCCAGCGUAGACAUGCGGGUCUGGCGCCGCUUCCUCGACAUGUGGAAUGUUUUCAACGCUUCGGGCACCAAUGGCCUCCAGUAUGUGGAGAAGGUCACGCUGAUUUACCAGCUCUCCAUGGACAAUGGCUGCUCCUUCGGAAGCGGUGAAUUCGACAAGCGAAUUGGAUUCCGUUUCAGCUGUGGUCGUUUCAAGGAGGAUCUUGACGACGACUUUGACGCAGACAUGACCGAUGGAAGCGAUUGGGAGGCCAGCGAGAGUGAGCAGGACGUGGAUGAAGAUCACGAUGAUCUAGACUCCGAAGUUGACGACCUCAUCGAUGACAUCCAAGCCCAUGACGACGAGGAUACCGAGCACGAGGUCGAUGAGGGCCAGGAACAGGACCACGGAAGCGAUACCGAGGAAGUCCCCGUGGAAGACAUUGAUCCUGUCGGGGUCUUUGAACUGAACCGCGGCAUGGUCGAAUGGGAAAAUUGCCGCGAAACCAAGGAAUUUCUAUUUCACAAGAUAUGUGAAUACGGAACCGACAGAAUGUGGGAUGUCUACCCAGCUCGGAGGUUGGUCCAGAUGCUCUGGCGCUGCGUCAGGGACUGCCCUCGUGCAUCGGAGAACGUCGAUUUCCUUUGUGAGGAUCUGCAGUACUGGAUGGAAGCAGGCCCAGGUUACACCCGUUACGAAUCGGUUGGGUUCUACGACCCAGAUGAUGUGGACGAGUAG